AGACGCGAGACAAUGGUUUAGAAAUUCUGUGAUGGAUCUGUCCCUAAAUUUGAUUCAAUUUAUUGGAACAAGCGCGCGCUUGAAAGGAGCACACAUUUCCCUCCUAUCACAGGGCUUUACUGCACCUGACCCCACCCAUCUCAGAUACCGCAGCUUGCGCGCCGAGGAGCAGUCUGGGAGAAAUAUACAAGCAUCUGGAUUUGAUUUAAUUCAUACGCGCUGUUGUGCAGUACUAUAGCCUGCAAACAAUCAUAUACAUUGCUUAUAUAUUUGUUGUGUGUUUGCAAACGAGGGAUUUAAUUCAGUUAUAAAUGCGUAGUGCUGCUGAUGCUGAAUAUCUGAAAGCAUUUGACAAAAAGGAUCUCAUCUGCACGCGGAUGUUGACCAAAGAAGACAUUGGAGUGUUCCGGAGGCAACACAACGCCGACGAGAACGAAGGAUGUCUAGACUAGUUAUAUUCUUUUGAAUUGACAUUUUUGGGAAUACCUGCAUGUUUGGAUAGCUCACUGUCAGGUGACAUAGAUAGACAGGGGUUCUUCUUUAUCUGUUGUUUUAAUAAAAGUGAAGCAGCGAUGGAUGAAGGUGCAGAGUCCGAUGAUGCUGUCAUUAUUGUGGAGAACGAAGCAGAGAGCAUGCCAGUUCAGGAGAACACGAACGCCUGCAACGAGCGGACAGGCACCUUGAAUUUUCUGGACACUUGUCCCGUGUGUCAUUUAAACUUUCAUUGUCGAGAACCAAAACUUCUGCCAUGUCUCCACUCUUUUUGUAAGAAGUGUUUGCCGUCGGCUUCCAGGAAUUUGGCCAUGCCAGACACUAACAGCUCGACGAAACCACUGAAUGUGAUUCGCUGUCCGGUGUGCAGACAGGAGUGUAUGGAGGUGGACGUGAUGGAGAACUUCUUUGUGAGGGACUCAGUGGAGGCUUCCAGCAGCACCGUGGAGAGGACUGUUCAGCUAUGUAUGAGUUGUGAGGACAACACAGAGACUACAGGUUUCUGUGUGGACUGUGUGGAGUUCAUGUGUGCCACCUGCGUGGAGGCCCACCAGAGGGUCAAGUUCACCAAAGACCACACCAUCAGACAGAAGGGGGAUGUAUCUCAAGAGUAUGUGGGUGUUUCCAGUCAUAGGCCAGUGUUCUGUGAAGUCCACAAGCAGGAGCCCCUGAAGCUGUUCUGUGAAACCUGUGAUCUACCAACCUGUCGAGACUGUCAGCUGCUCAAGCACAAGGACCACAAUUACCAGUUUCUGGAGGAUGCCUAUAAGAAUCACAAACAUUACAUGGAGGAUAUGAAUCGUCAACUGCUGGAAAAAAAGAAGAUCAUUGAAGAUGUGUCAAACUCUAUAAACAAUGGACUCCUUCAAGUUGAUGAGAACCGCAUAUCAGUUCACAAUGAAAUCAAGAAGUCCAUCUGUAGUCUGAUACUAGAGAUCAACAGAAAGGGAAAGAUUCUUGUCAAUCAGCUUGAGGGCCUGACAAAGGAUCAUGAGAGUGGUCUAAAGAAGCAGAAGGAGGAUAUUGGCUAUCUGUCCAGACACCUGGAUCACGUGAUCAACUUCACAAAAUGGGCGACAGCUAGGAACGGCGGCACAGCUCUCCUGUACUGCAAACGUUUGAUUCUGUUUCAGAUCGGAAACCUCCUGCGGGCUAAAUGCAAUACCUCGUUUGUACCGCAGAGCACUGUGCGUUUCCAGUGUCGGUCAGGCUUCUGGUCUUCAAAUGUCGAUCUGGGCUCAUUAGUGGUGGAGAAUGUCCCAGGCCCCCAGCUGGGCAGCUUCCAGGGCAUCCCUCAUCAACUCCCCCAUCCUGGGCAGGGCCCCUCAGGCUCCCCCAACAGCCUGCCCCCAGGCCUCUCCCAGCCCCGCCUGGCCCCCCACAACCACAACACCCUGGCUCAGCUCCAGAUGCAGGUGGAGAAACUAGCCCAACAGCCUCACUGGCAGCCCCAGACCCCACCCUGGGCCUGGUACCAGAGCAUGCGGCUCCAGAGACCCCCUCCAGGGCCCCUCCAGGGUGGCUCUCCCUCCCAGAGUCUCCCCCCCAUGCCCCAGCAGGGCCGGAGGUUCAUUGCCCCCCCUGCAAUCCAUCUCAGUCCCACCAGCACCCUGUCAAGUCCUGGAUAUCCUCCCCAGGCUGUCCAAUCACUGAGAGGCCUGGUGAGCAGCCCCAGCAGCUAUGCACUCAAACACAUGGACUUAUUCAACCCAAUGCCUCACUUCUCCCACAAUGCACCACUGUCUAGCAACGGCAGCCUCAGUUCUCCUCACUUGCGACAGCAACAGAUGGAGUCUGCAUAUCACAACAAGCACCCUGGAGGCCCUGUCCAAAUAAUAAGACCCAACUUCCCUCAGACCCUACCAGCUUCCCUCCCAUAUAGAACUGCACAAGGACACCAUCAUGCAGGACUAACUGCUAUAUCCUGUGAAGAGAAACCAGGGACUGUUUCCUGGAAACCUCUGGAGGCACAGCAGAAGGCGUAUGGAGCUGGGGGAUCAGCUGCCAAGAGGAGACGAAGGGCAUCGCCUGGACCCAUCAUCAUCAUCAAAGACGAGCCAGAGGACGACAUCAGCUGUGUACAGGGUAACCUGAGAGCCAACCUCCCAGACAGUAGCACGGGGGUCCAGGCCCAAACCUGUCGGCAAGAUGGAGGGGAACCACAAGUCCAGAUUUCUCGUCAGACCACAGAGGAAGAGGCCCAGGCCCCACCACAGCCUCCAGGGCCUUCAGGGGACCUGAGUCAAGCCCCACAGCAGAGCCACUCUCUGGGGGCAGAGCAGCAGCUAGGCAGUCAGGGCCCAGCUCCAGAAGAGGACCCUAAUGAGGAUUGGUGUGCUGUGUGUCAGAAUGGAGGAGAGCUGCUGCUGUGUUGUGACAAGUGUCCCAAAGUGUUCCACCUCUCUUGCCACAUCCCCACCCUCUUCAGAUUACCCAGUGGGGAGUGGUUCUGCUCAUUCUGCCGUGACCUGUCAGUGCCUGAGGUGGUGUAUGACUGUGACAUCAGCAGAUUAGAGCCCAGAACAGUGAAGGAGGAACCAGACUCUGAGGGAGGAUUCUGCCCUGUGGACAAACGGAAAUGUGAGCGACUGUUGCUGAAGAUGUACUGCAGUGAGCUCAGUGCUGACUUCCAGGAGGCUAGAUCCCCCUUGAUAUUGCCAGAGAACCAGGAGACCCAAAAGACGCCGAUGGUUCUGUCCAUUGUGAAGAGCAAGCUGGAAUCCAGGCAGAGCCCCUGCUACCAGACACCUUCUGAGGUUGUAUCAGACAUCCGACUCAUCUUCAGGAACUGUGCAGCAUUCAAUGAGGCUGACACUGAGGUUGCCACUGCAGGGAGAAACCUGGAGAGGUUCUUUGAGGAGCAGUUGAAGUUCCUCUACCCUGAACGGAUUUUUCCAAAGGUCAAGUCUGAGGUCAUCAGUUCUGUGACCCCUCCCGUCUCUCCUGCCCCUCCCACAAACCCUGAUGAGGAGAGCUCCCAGCAUGCAAAGCAUCAGCGCAGGUCCUCUGAGACCCAGGAGUUGUGUACUCCUGCUCAGCUAAGCUCACCAAAGGGAGAGGAAGAGGCCGUAUAAGCGUGCACAUCGUCAUCUCAUCAACGUUUAUCAGUCAAUAACACUGCCAGUACUAGCCUAUACUAGUAAUUCAUCUGAUUCUCUUGAGAAAGUCUGAUUUUCUAAAUGUGCCAAAAUAAUGUUCUGUGAUCGAAUAAUUUUGGGGAAUAGGAACUGUUACAAGGUUAAUAAAGUGAAAACACGUCAAAUGUAUCAAACCAGCCUGAUAAAAGACUAUUUCAGUUGUUAUUGCAAGACUGUAUGAAGUGUUAGUUUCAUGAACAUGUCAGCUGUGCGAGGUCUAGUUGUUCAGGCCUACGGUAGCCUCUAGUUUACAGUGUGAUGGCUGGUAGCAUGACACGAGGCCUACUUUAUUCAUCGCAACAAUAGAACUUCAUCUUUGUUCCCUCGUUGUUUUGUCAUUGAGCCAUUCAAUGUGUCAUGUAUUUAUAUUUUACAUUGUUGUAGUGUUUUUUAUGCAGUGUAUGUAAGUAUUUACAAUGAUCAUUAACUUAAAGCAGGCAAGUAAAUCUUCAACAAAAUGCAGUCCCAAAUAACCUCAUUUGCUAUGUUUUCUCAUGACUUCAUACCAUUGCUACUUAUGAAAACCAAAAUAUUGUAUUCAUAAAAAAUACUUCUUGCAUGCAAGUUUACUUGCAGCUGUUUACAGGGUAAAAUAAACAAUGUCCAAUAUCUUA